AUGCCUCGUCCAAUUCAGCAAAUCAGCUCCUCGCUGCCUCGCGAGACUUUGCCGCCCUUGAAGCCGCAGACAUCUGCAGGUGCAUGGCAUCAACCCUCACGCGCCUCAACAGCAAAAGUCCCGCGGUUCUUGUCAGCAGAUGGGCCGGUAUCCUCACCCGGUCCAGGCGUACAGACCUCCAUUCAUGCUGCCCCUGACCGCCAUGGCUUUCUCUUCCCGGCGGUCCACCGCCUCCCCACGUUUGGACACGUUCUUCCUGCCUUGUGUCCCGUCACUGCUGAUGGUAUCGUGUCCCAGCCCGAUGGGAACUGUCCCUACGGCCAGGGCGGUGUUAUGCUCAAUGGCAUGGAUGAGGUCAAACGGCCCAUAUACGCCGUUGGCUCCCAGCGUCGCCGGGGCAUCCUUUCCAGCGCUUUUGGCUGCCCUGGUGUUACUGUAGCUGGCGCUUGCAAUACAAAGAGCACAUCCAAUCCGGUCAAGAAUGUCGGGGGCAAGUUGCCUUGCCCUUACUGCAACACGACCUACAUGCGAGAGAGCCACUUGAAGCUUUACCUGUUGCGCCACACGUGCACCCUGUGUGGUGAAACUUUCUCGCUGACUGACCGUCUCGAUAAUCACUUCAUCCGCCGACGUAAACCAACUUGUGUUGUCAUUCACUUAUCUCGCCCCCAGAUUCAUGUCGAGAAGAAAGCUGCUAGGCGAAGAGCAGCCCUUAGUCAGAAUCACGGUCUGAACCACAGUCAUGAUCCGGGUAUCAUGCCUGCGGAUGGCACGGCUCAGCUUUUUGGUAUGAUGCCCGCGCCGGACGGGUUGAGCAAUCAUGCAUACCACCGACGUCAGUCCUUGCUUUCCAUCCGCCCAGAUAGGCUUGAUGAUGGCCGUUAUCAAGACGGACGACAUUUGACAGACUCUGCCAUUGAUGCUUCUGGCCAAGUUGGCAAGAUGCAGAAGUACAACAUGCCGGUCCAAGAUGACACGUUUUCCAAAGGCGGGCCCGAUGUGGACCAACAAACAGGCCUCGAUGGGAUUCAGUUUUGUCAUGUGCAUCAAACCUAUGAAAUCCGCAUCCGAUUUCCUCCUAUUGGCGUCGAAAGUAUACGAGGACCUUGUGGCCAACUGAGCCACCGCGAAUCCCUUCUAUCUUUGAUCUGGAAGGUGUUGGCUGCAGCAUCGCUCGAUGAUCUGAUUGUCUUCGGGAGCGCGUCUCAGCAUCAUGAGGAAGCUUGUGAGACUUCAUCAGCUACCGAGAAGUACAUUCAAUAUCUUGACCAGUUCGACGUCUUCACUGGCAUGUCCUCUAUACCCCACACUGCACCGGAGCAACUGCACCUUCUCUGCGACUCUGCCACGGAAGUCUAUCCCAAAGCUCAAUCCUGA